CGCGGCAAUCCUGAAGAAGAAAUAGCACAAAAGCAGAGAGAGCAAUACGACCAAAGACUUUGAAGGGAAGGUUGUGGUAUAACUUGAGGUCUCUUUUGGGUUGGAUUGUUUCUUCUGAAAUCAUCUGAGAGUUUUGUUGGGAGGAAAGAGAUAAUCAAAUGCCGGAGGAAGAUUUGAUAGAACUUAAAUUCCGGUUAUAUGACGGUUCAGAUGUUGGUCCGUUUCAGUACUCUCCAACCGCCACUGUAGCAAUGCUCAAGGAGAGACUCGUCUCUGAAUGGCCUAAAGACAAGAAGGUAGUUCCAAAAGCAGCUAGUGACAUCAAGUUGAUAAAUGCUGGUAAGAUUUUAGAGAAUGGUAAAACUGUUGCACAGUGUAAAGCUCCAUUUGAUGAUCUCCCUAAAUCCGUCAUUACAAUGCACGUUGUUGUUCAACCCUCUCCAACAAAAACGAAACCAGAGAAGAAAAUCGAAGAGGAAGAAUCUCCACAAAGAAGCUUUUGCUCAUGUACCAUAAUGUGAGAGAAUUAAGUCCCAAACCUAAAUGAAAGAGAAGCCUUUAGAAGCAUCUUUGAAGUCUUGUUUCAUUGUGGUUUUUGGCUAGAGGACCCUUGCCAUUUUUAUGCUUCAUAUUCUCUAUUCAUCAAAAGUUCAAAGAAAGCUUCAUCAAUGGCGUUAUAAGACUGGUCUAGUGAACUCUUUUUCUCUUGAAUUGUGAUGAAAAUUCUUGUUUGGAGCAACUUAAUAUAAAGAGAAGAGUUGUUUUGUUUCCAACAAUUGUAUUGUAAUAUCUUCUCCACGAAUUCGUUUUCUCUGCAACAUAUUUUGUUGUAUUGUUCUUGUCAUCUUUACACCUUAUGACUUGUUCGUUUCUCCCUCAGUAUCUGCCCAAACCUUGUGUCAACCAACCUUUAUCCGGUCCAGCACUAACCAACAAACCGGUACAGACACUUUGAUAUGUAAAGAUUAUGGUCCAUGCAUAAGACAUAAGUGGAAUUACCUUUCUCUGCACUUUCUCCUUUACAGAGCCAAUAUUUGGGAUUUAGAUACCAAACUCCAAAAGAAACAAAGAGC